UUUGAACUUCUGUGCAGGCCCGAUAUCGGGUAUAUUCGACUGCUCCAGCAAGUGGCGGCCUCUGGUGGAGCCUUUGGAAACCACUGUCUUUGUUGACAACAUCGCUGCUACCUUAACCUCACUUAACGACGGCCGUGGAAAACUGCCGCGGACCGGAAAGGGUUAAAGCGAUUCGUCUUUUGAUAACCGUUUACCAUGUGCAGCCGAGGAAUUUCUCCCAGAAGUAGACACUUGCUCGGGUCAUGGAAACCCUUCAUCCUUUGAUUACCUUUCAGCGCCUUCAUGUGUACCGGAGGAAUUUCUUAUAGAAGUAGACACAUCUGUUCCAAGGAGACAUUGCAGAGGGAGAAGGAGAUGACUCUGAUUUUCAAUUACAUUUAUCUGGAGAGAGUGCUGAAGAAAACCAGCAUCAGUGUUUGCCCAAGGAAGGACCGCUUCAACAAGGCCAUCCGCAUAUUUUAAGGCCAUCUAACAGUGUAUGUACUAGUCUCGUCAACUACUCUCUCUCUUCCACCCUAUCCGAUAACUCAGAAAGCAAUAAAGAAAACUUGGAGCAUGAUUUCUUCAACCUAAGGGAAACGAAAACCCGAAGCAAAAAACCACGCCCUGAAAUCUGGCAAAAGAAUAUACAGAAGUCCAAAAGAAUGCUAGGUGACGGUUAUGUUAGCAGGCAAAGGAAAAAAGGUUGCCCAGCUCGAUUAAUCAAACGACCUUAGAAAAAAUUAGGGCCUAGGUGCAUAUCCAAGAUGUGCAAGACGAGUCAAAAAAGGCACUGUGACCUAUUUACAGAGACCACAAGGCCUGUCAUAUUUGAAGACUUCUGGGCCCUUCCUUGGGAGGCAAAACAAAUUUUUGGGUCAAUGUGAACAAACUCAAAGAGAAGCAACCCGGAGUUUCCAAAAGGAAAAACUCGUUAUCAUUAUUUUUUAGAUCUCAAUGGUAGAAGUUUGCAAAUCAUUUUUUUGCUCCACUCUUUCUUUAAAAGAAUGGCAAGUCCAUGCAUGGGCAAAAAAGAAAUUCUUGCUCCUUAAUGAUAACAUGGAUGAAAACUUAGAGAAUCUAAAUGGUGACGAGGAAGUAGUAGAUGACAUGAGUGAGGACGAAAUCACAGAGCAUAUCAGUGAAAGAAGACAGUUUCUUUUAAAUUGGUUCGAACUCCUACCAAAAUUACCAUCUCAUUAUUGCCAACGAGAAAGUAACAAACUUUAUUUAGAGGGAAAUUGGCAAAGCAAGGUGCAGUUGUAUGAGGUAUACAAAAGUUAUGCUACAGAAAAAAAUAAGCCUUUUGUUAGUAGAACAUUUUUUUGCAACUUAUUUGAGGAACUGGAUUUAUCUUUAUACCUUCCGAAAAAAGACCAAUGUGACACCUGUGUCGGCCAUAAAGUAGGUAAUGUAGAACAGGAAGCGUAUGAACGACACAUCCUAGAGAAAGACAGAGCGAGGAUGGAGAAGGAAGUUGACAAAAAUCUAGCGUUACAGAACAAAAUUAUAUGUUUAGCAGUAGAUAUGGAGGCGGUAAAAGCCUCACCAUUAACAAAGUCUAGUGCUAUGUACUACUGUACUAAAUUGCUUACUCACAACUACACAGUGUUUAAUUUAAGUAACCGUAACUGCAUGUGCCUUUGGUUUAACGAGACGGAGGCAGACUUGAGUGCAAAUACGUACGCCUCCUGCCUUAGCGAUUUUUUAACAACUAAUUGUAUUUCUGAAGACAAAAAGCCGGUUACAAUUCACAGUGACAAUUGUUGCAAUCAAAAUAAAAAUCAAGUAGUUGCAAACCCCUUAUUGCAUAAUUCAAUCAAACUGGGGAUAGAAAUUACCCAAAAGUAUCGGGAAAAAGGACACAAGCAGAUGGAGUGUGACAGUGUCCAUUCUGCCAUUGAGAGGCGUUUGAAAAUUAAAGAUAUAUUUGUCCCCCACGAUUACGUCAAAUGUACCAUAGAAGCUAGAAGCAAACCAUUUCCUUAUGAGGCUAAAUAUCUAGAGCACUCAUUUAUUUUAGAUGAUUUGCAGUUGCAUUAUUUUGAUUCCAUUUGCCCUGGUCAAAAAAAAAGGUAACCCUAUAGUCAAUGACCUUAAAUGUCUUAAAUACUGCCCCAAUGGCAAAAUUAUGUAAAAACUGAACUUUGAUGAUCCUUAUCUUGAA